AUGAGCACCCGGCGGUCCCCGGGACGCCGGAGGGGGAGGGCGGAGGCUCGCCUCAAGGCUGAAAAUCUGAAGAAAAUAAACCAAGAGCUAAGGCAACAUGUCCUACAACUGCUUAAUAAGAAGCAAGUGGUUGAAAGACAAGUGGAUAGUUUGACCUGUAAAAAUGAUCACCUGUGUAAAGAACUUGCUGUAAUUGCCAAACUAUCUGAGCAGCUGGAAAAGGAAAACGAGUUGUUACUGAACACCACUGAUAAGGAGCUAGAAGAAGCAAAGACUCAAGUUCGACGCCAGCAGAACAGCAUAAAGAAGCUGGAACACACGGUGAAAACAUUGAAAUCUGCUAUUCUGCAAACAGAGAAUGAAAUAAGGCAAGGGAAAUCACCUUCAAGGCUUGAUACAUUUAUUAAGACACUGGAAGAGGACAGAGACUACUAUAAAAGCAAGACUGAGAAUUUGCUGAGGGUGUUUCGAAACGCAUCUUCAAGUCCUAAGCGUGGCUCUACUUGGGACAGCAUGUCCAAAAAAAAAUCACACGUCCAGGCCCAGGAAGAGAUUUCCCAGCUUCAUCAGGAAGUCAUCAAAUGCACCAGGACUCCAAGAAGUACUGUGGCAGCUCAAGCAAUGUUAAGGCAUGUGGAGACAGAAAGGGAUACAGCACUGUCACAUUUACGAAGGAUGACUGCAGAACAUGACAGUCUCAGGAAGCAGCUGAAGAUUUCCCAAGAGACUGCAUUUAAUGAAAAAGCUCAUUUGCAGCAGAGAAUUGAAGAGCUAGAAACUACUAUUCAAAAUUUAGAUAGUGAACGGUUAGAGCAGAUGUCCAGAAUGGCUCUAAUGAAAGAACACAUCGAUUCUCUGGAAACAGAGGUAAAAAUAAUGUCAAGAAGAUGCCAGGACUCUGAGAAUGAGCUAAGCCACCAGAAGGAUGAAUAUAUUUCACUGAGUCUAAUGAAGGAAAAGACAGAGCAGAUUCUUUCAGAGGCACAGCGAAGUCUUACUAAGAAAAAAUAUGAAAUUCAACUUAAUGAAGAGAAAAUUAAGCUUCUGGAUGAAAAAAUCGAUGACUUUUCAAAACAAAGUUCUGCACAAGAAGAGAAGAUCUGUGCAUUGAAAGAUACAAUUGUGCAACUUGAUAAAGAGAAGGAAACUUUGCAAGAAUGCGUGGAAGAAGAAAGAGAGAAGAUCAUCACUUUUGAGGAAAACCUGAAGAUUAAAGAGAAAACUAUUUCAGAUUUGAAGAUUCUGAUUUCCGAUUUGGAGCGUUCAAUACAAAAAUCUGCUGAAGCGCUGUGUAUCUGUGAGAAAGAUAUCACCAGUUUGCAACAACAGCUGCAAGAAACCAACAAAGAACUUGCACAAGCUAACAACAACAGAGAAAUGUUAGCUCAGGAGAAGGACAGGUUACAAGAGCAUCUUUCUAAUGCUAAACAAGAAAAUCAGGUACUACAUAUGAAAAUAACUAAGUACAAGAAUGAGCUUGAUGAGAUGAAGUUGAAAGCCCAGGAUUCAAACACGGAUAUUGCCAGGCUUAAGGGAGUACUGAAGUUUAAAGAGAGAGAGAACUGUGAGCUUUUGGAGAAUUACCACAAAGCCCGUGAACAAGGAGAAAGUUGGGAAGCAAAGUGCCAUCAAGCAGAAGAAGACUGUAACUCUGCCAGAUUGGCAUUAAUCAGUGCAGAGUCUGAGAACCGCAGGUUGAAAGAGAAAAUGAAGACUCUUGAGACAGAGAUGGAGCAACUGCAGAGUGAAUGUGAUUCAUCCCAUUCUGAAAUAGAGCUGCUGAGAAGACAACUGGAAAAUGAAAGAGCAUCUCUGAAAAAUCUGGAAUCUUUGCUUGCGUCCAAUCGUGAGAGAGAAUUUCAGUCACAAAUAGCAGAGCAAGAGAAAGACUCCGAAAUUCUGCUUCUCAAGGAGCAACUUUUUUUAGCAGAGAAUAAACUCACUGUGAAGAGUCGAGAUUUCACUCAGCUCAAAAAUACAACAGCUCAGCUAGAGUCAGAAUUGGAUAUCACUAGAAGACAGCUGGCAACUGAGAGGUUUGAAAGGGAACGAGCUGUACAGGAACUUCGAUGCCAGAAUCGUACAGUCACGUAUCAGUUAAGCUCUACAUUAAGAACAUCAUCACCUGAACGUGCUCAUCAUCCACUUCCUGAUUGGUCUCUGGACAGUUCCCUGGAAGGGAAUUCUUCAUUCAAGAACUUCUAAUAUUAUAUUCACAAUGGCCUGUGAAGACUGCACACUAUUUGGAGAGUUCAAGUUUAAUUUACAUUCAGUUAUCCUUUUUGCCUGCUGAAUGCUUUAUUUCAUUAAAUCUGUUUCAAAAAUACUUGCAUGGAUUUAUAUACACUCUUUGUUGUUCAUUGGGAAGAAAUUGGUAUGGAUAGCUUCCUUUCCUUCCCCUCCCCGCUCAUGUAUUUUUGUGUUACAUGGCACAUCCAUCACUGUAAACAUAAAAAAAGUUCAGGUUACAUUGAUUGUACUCACAUUGUACUGUAAUUUUAACAUUGUGCAUUAUUUUAAAAGGUCAGUGAUAUAAUUAAAAAACAGGAUAGCAAAUAACAAUAUGAAACUUUAUUGGAGGAAAAAGGUGUCUAUGUUCAGGUGUUAUGAUUUGAAAGUGUGAGGGCUACGCUGAAAGUAAUGCCUCCUGUUUUGUGGUGUUGGCCCAUGAUGACAGAGGCAGAUGUUGGUGGGAUGGCAGUGGAGGUUGAACCUUCCCACCAAUAUUCCA